GAUGGCUUCCCCCAAUGUUUUCGAUCUAUACCAGACUCAGGAGGAGGAGGAAGUUCCCCUGGUCUGCCGGAAGAAAUUAGCUAGGAGACAUGACAGCGAAUCACCCUCGGCCAAGAAGGGUCGAGCAGCUGAUCCUCCUAAGGAUGGGCCCUCUGGCCAAGUUUCUGCUCAAACACCUGCCUCUGUUGAGAAGGAGGCAGCACCUGCCACCACCAACCCUCCGCCUGCGGCUCAAAAAGAACAGGCCCAACAAACCGAACUUCCUGGGUCCCGACUCUCGAGCCGUUCCCUGUGAUCAGCUAAAGAUCGCCUUGCUCACAUCCUGAAGCAUGGUCGUUGCAGGGAAGCAAUGGCUGAAGCUGAGAGCAUGGGGGUCGAUCAGAUCCUCAAUAGGGCUCUUAACGAAGUGGCCAGUGCCAUGCUGACAAUGACUGCUGCUCGUACUCGUGCUAGUGCUAGCAUCGAGCAGUCUCGGGCGAAGGUCAUCGAGGAGCUUCGGGCUGCAGAGGCUAGACAUGCUGGGGAGUUGGAGGUGGUCACCCAGCAGAAGGAUGCUCUGGUGACAGAGCUGGCUGAGAAGGAAGCUUCUCAGGAAACUCUGAGGAAGCAAAGGGAUGACUACCUAGAGUCCAGCCGAAUUCAAUGGCGUGAAUUCAAGAAACUUAGGGAGGAGCACCUCGCUAAGGACGCGACCAUUGCUGUUCUCAAAAGCCAGGUGGAACAGCUCAAGCUCACUAAUGCCAAGGACCUGGAGAGGUACAAGAACGCGACACUUCGGUGUUUCUAUGAUUUUUGGAAACACAACAGGGGUGUCGACUUCAGCUACCUCCCAGAUGACGCCAGGAAUGCCGAGUUAGCCCGCUGUACUGCUCGGUUGGCUGCCGAAGAGAGAGCUAGAGUUCUUGCUUCCCUGAGCAUUCAGCCAGCUGCCGGAGUGGAGGGAGGAGAAGCCACCGGGGACGUAGUCGACCAGAGUGCUGAACAAGAUCCUCCUGCUCCUAAUGCUCCUUGAAGUUUUUAUUCUUUUAAUUUUCUUUAAUUACACGACCCACAGGUCGGGAUGUAAAGACUAAAUUUUAUUUUUAAUUUUGCUGCAUGGGCAGCAUAGUUUCCUUUUACUUUGAACAAUUACAUCCAAGCAGUACUGCUUGCGGUGUAAAAAAAUUCCUUUUGAUAUUAUAAUAUUUCUUGCUUAUUAUAACAUCUGUUCGCAUAACCGAACUCAACAUAGUACUUUGGCUUGAUUUAACAAAAUAUAAAAUUUGAAAAAUACUCUAAGUACCGUAGCAUGCUUUCACUUAUUUUGUUCAUGUGUUUACAUACCUCUUGGUAUGCUUUGCUAUCGAUGUACCUUAUAUGCCCCCCAAGUGACUGAGGAGCUUUAGGUCCUUGGUCACUUGCCUUGACCAC